CCCAGACUAAAAGAAAAAACACCCUCAGACCGAAAAAAAAAAAAAAAAAACCUACAACAAACCCUCAUCGUCUUCUCUUCCUCCUUCAUCUUUCUCAGUUCCUCAGUCCUUAUCCUUGUUGGAGGCUGGAGAUAGAAGGAGAGAGGAAGAAAGAGAACACGACCUUCAGAGAGAGAGAAAGAGAGCGAUGGCAACCGAAACAGCAGGAGCAGUAGUUGAAUCGUCUUCAGCGGCGACCGUGCCUUCGCCGGCGCCGGAGGCUGGAUCGAAACACAAGCUGGAGAGGAAGUGGACGUUCUGGUUCGACAACCAAUCGAAGCCGAAGCAAGGCGCUGCUUGGGGUACCUCUCUCCGCGAGGUUUACACUUUCGAUACUGUCGAAGAGUUCUGGUGUUUGUAUGAUCAGGUAUUCAAGCCCAGCAAAUUGCCUGGAAAUGCAGACUUCCACUUGUUCAAGGCUGGGAUUGAGCCAAAAUGGGAAGAUCCUGAGUGUGCUAAGGGAGGCAAGUGGACUGUCACAAGCAACAGGAAGGCUAAUCUUGAUAACAUGUGGCUUGAAACUAUGAUGGCUUUGAUUGGGGAGCAAUUUGACGAUGCUGAGGACAUAUGCGGUGUGGUUGCAAGUGUGCGCCAGAGGCAGGACAAACUUUCGCUCUGGACAAAGACCGCAGCAAACGAGGCAGCUCAGAUGGGCAUUGGAAGGAAGUGGAAGGAGAUCAUUGAUGUUACUGACAAGAUAAUAUAUAACUUCCAUGAUGAUUCUAGAACCCGAUCAUCAAAGAGUCGGUACAGUGUAUAAGAGCAGUUUUGGGGCCUUUUCAUGCGCAUGUGCAUGUGCUGCUAGGCUGUUAUGAUAUUUGAUCUUUUAACCAUGUGCACUGUAUACCAAAAUCCACACCACAUUUUUGGAUUGAUGCACUACCGUCCGACAUGUUCCCCACUCUUUUGGGUGCAAUACUAUAUUAUAAUUUUACUUUUUGAUUGCUAUGUUAAAAUUCCUACUAGAAUUCAUUUGUAGUUUUAUAUAUAUUUUUUUAAAUUUUAUUGGGACACACUUUAGAAGCUUGAAACUUUGAGUAUGCCAAAUUGCAGUUUCCAAUCAGCUUGAGUUAUGUUGCUUAUAUAUAAUGAUUAGUUGGGCAAUUAUGUAUUCUUGGGAGAAAAACCGGAGUAGUUAGUUGUGCUGUUUGGAGCCACCUUCUCUUUGAUCCCAAAUCUUCCUGGCUAUUGCCACCACCCUGUGGCUCGCUUGGGUACUGUUUGGUUAAUCUAGGGAUUAUCUCCAACUAUGGAUCUUGUUUCUACGUUCGAAGUUAUCAGAAUGAAGAAUCAAAUGUGUAGUACGUUUGUUUUUAAAAAUGCGCCACUUUAUGAACGCAACUUAUC